AUGUCUUCUCAAGACACCGGUCGCCCAAGCGAAGACAGGUCCGAAGGCUUUUCCAAGUACUUCAGGCGCAUGAAGACUGUCUUACGCCCUCGAUCGGUUUCAAAACCUCAAUCUCUGGACGCAUUUGAUGUCGCAACAACAGCUCGAGUAACCACACCAGUACCAACACCCAUAUUAGAUCAGAUACAACAGACCACUGUACAAGAGCAGCCCAUUAUCAUCGACUACAAAGCCAUGCAACGUGAAAAGACUCGCGCCCUUUUCUCCAAGUACAAUCUGAGCUUUGAACUCACUGGCGAGAGUUCCCCCACCGAUUAUCAAUUUGCACGAGUAUCCAAGCCGAUUCGCAUGCGUGUGCGCCGCACCUGUCACCGCUGCGAAAUGACUUUCGGCCCUGACAAGGUCUGCGUCAAUUGCCAGCACCUGCGAUGCAAGAAAUGUCCCCGUUUCCCUCCGAUUCAAACCCGAGAUGAAGAGUCAUCUGUUUCUACUUUCAGACUCCACGAACUUCGUGCAAAGCAGCAAGGCAUGCUUCACCUCACGUCACAUCUGAAGCUCAGCGGCAACCCAGCUUCUCCAUUAUCAAGAUCCUCCAGCAGCGGAGGACCCGACUUUGUGCACAAAACUGUACGCCAGCGAGUCAGACGAGACUGCCAUCUAUGCGGGACAAUGUUUGCCAAAGGCACGAAGCAAUGCACCAGUUGUCGCCAUACUCGCUGCAAGAUCUGUCCAAGACAGCCUGCCAAGCUCGAUAAAUACCCAGAUGGGUAUCCGGGGGACGCUGAACCACCAAAAGUUGCGCCAGACCGCACGUUCAAGAGGCCCCGUCAACGAGUGCAUUAUAUCUGCCAUGUCUGCACGACUUCUUACUAUCAGGAUUCUCGACUAUGUGUGAAGUGCGGUCAGACGAAAUGUGAUGAAACGAUACGAGUUCCACCCAGGAAGAUCGAGCAUGGACCCGAUCCAGGUGUUAUUCGGAGUCUUGAAGAGAAGCUGGCUACUAUGGUAAUCUCUGCAAACCAAAUUACUUGA